CAUGACGUCAUUGUUGGGGUAUUUUCAAGAUGGCGCUGGACUGUGGCCGGAACACAGCCGCCGCAGAGAGCUAACCGUCUGGGGAUUUAAAUAAUCUUGUGCCCGGCGGCGACGUUGACUUCGCAACGCGGGGAUUUUGUUGUUUCAGACACGUCGAGCGACCAUGUUACGGCCGGCGGUUGCCAGGUAACGCCGACGGAGCCGCGCUAAGAUGGUGGACCCCUGCUCAGAGAACAACAGAACCUGCUGCUGCUGCGAAGCUCGGCCGACGGCGCAGGAGGGUUCGGGGCCGGACUCAGUGCCCGGGGCCGAGGCUCGCUAGGCGGUGAGCGCUCAUGGAGGCGGGGAACGGAAGGCCGGUUUCUGUCGACCUGAACGAAAACGAAGAGAGAGGAGGCAGGAAAGCGGCUCACCGAGCGUGCGUGGAGCGGCUGAGCGCAGUCGGGGGUCGGGGAGCCGGGAAGGACCAUGUUUGCGUCACCGCUAACGGGAGCAGCGCGCACACGGACGCCAUGAGGGAGCUGCUCCCGGCCGGGGACCAGCUCCUCGGACCGGCGGCCGGCACGUGUGUGGUUCUGAACGGAUUCUCGGAGUCGCUGGUCCGGGAUGAGGCGUCGGGGGGUGCAGGAGCCGUGGGGCCCGGAGCCGCUGCGUGCGGACAGAGGUGGCCGAAGCUAAACGUGCCCAACGGGGAUGUCUGCGAUCACGGAGCGGGUGAGACUUGUUGUGAACGGUCCGGACAGUCCUCCGGUCCGACAGUGGACCAGACUCCCCGUUCAACCGAGGAGAAAGUAGCCAACGGCGGUUUGCACAUAGCAGCAUGUGGCCGAGCAGACAGCACCGAGACCCAGUCAGACCUGCAGGCCGGGCCGGGUGUCAGCGGGAGCGACCACAGCCGGGACCCUGCGGGCCUCCUCCCCUCUGACCCGGCCUUCUCCACAGAACCACGCAGCCCGGGAUCAAGUGCCAAACUCUCCUCUCCCUGCCCUUCAACGCUGUCCAACCUGAACGACGACAGUCCGCUGUCUGAGCCCACCACCAGGGAUGAGGAUGAGGAUGAUGAAGAGGAGGACGUCAGUGACCUCAGGUUACCUGUCAGACCGCACACGUUGAGGACGAACGCCAGCUUCACAGUGUCCCUCAGCUGCGAUGCUACCCCGUUGUCCCCGGACGGGGAGGGGGGCUUUUACUUCGGGGGUGAGGGGUACGAGGAGGACUUUCGGAGCGCCUUGGAAUCGGGUCGCAGGCAGAGCGCCCCGGACAAGCUGCCAGACCUGGCUGAACAGACAGACGGCUCGGAUCCCAAGCUGAUGCCAAAGAGGUUCGGGAUCGCUGAUUUCUUCGCCAGGAGCCUGUUUUCUAGGAAAUCCAAAGAACACAAGGCGGUUUCCCACAAUGCAUCAGGGUGGCGACUGUUUGGGAAGCCGUCAUCCAGAGAGGGGGAUCCGGUGAAAGAUGGCGCCUCCACGUCCUCCAGUGAGCAGGAGGAACAGCUAAAGGACUCGGCCGUGUCCUUGUGCCCUCAACGUCCAGCAUCUGCAGGCAGGAGACGGAACCUGGAGUUUGAGCCUCUCUCCACCACGGCCCUGAUCCUGGAAGACCGACCCGCAAACUUACCUGCCAAAUCGACGGAGGAGACUCAGAGGCACAAACUGGAGUACGACGAAAUGGUGGCUGGAGCAAAGAGGAGAGAGCUGAAAGAAGCACAGAAGAAGAAGCGUCAGAUGAAGGAGCGGCACCGGCACGAGGACAGCAUCUCCAGCGCCAUGGUCGUCUGGAACAACGAGAUCCUGCCGCACUGGGAUGUGGUGAAGGCAACGCGGCGGGUGAGAGAGCUGUGGUGGCAGGGUCUCCCUCCCAGCGUCAGGGGACGAGUGUGGAGCCUCGCCAUCGGCAACGAGCUCAACAUCACAGCAGAGCUCUACGAGAUCUUCCUGUCCAGAGCCAAAGAGAAGUGGAGGAGUUACAGCGAGACCAGUUCUGUGAACGACAGCGAGAGCGACGGCGGCACGUCUCUGGCUGAUAGAGAGUCCAGCCUGGACCUCAUUAAACUGGACAUUUCCAGAACCUUCCCUGCUCUCUUCAUCUUCCAGAAGGGCGGCCCGUACCACGACCUGCUCCACAGCGUGCUCGGGGCCUACACCUGUUACAGGCCUGACAUUGGCUACGUCCAGGGUAUGUCGUUCAUCGCCGCUGUGCUCAUCCUUAAUCUGGAGGAAGCUGAAGCCUUCAUCACCUUCGCUAAUCUGCUCAAUAAACCCUGUCAGAUGGCGUUUUUCAGAGUGGACCAUGAACUGAUGUUGAAGUAUUUUGCAGCCUUUGAGGUUUUCUUUGAAGAGAAUCUGCCUCGACUCUUCAGCCACUUCCAAUGCAACAGCCUGACCCCUGACCUCUAUCUGAUCGACUGGAUCUUCACUCUCUACAGCAAGUCCCUCCCUCUGGACGUGGCCUGCCGGGUGUGGGACAUCUUCUGCCGAGACGGGGAGGAGAGUUUGUUCCGGACGGGCCUGGGCAUCCUGCGUCUGUAUGAGGAUGUCCUGCUGCAGAUGGACUUCAUCCACAUGGCCCAGUUCCUGACCCGCCUGCCAGACGACCUGCAGCCGCACACGCUCUUCAGCGCCAUGGCCAACACACACAUGAUCAGCAAGAACGGCCGCUGGGCUCAGGUCUUUUCUGCUUUGAUGAAGGACGGAGUCAGAGAGGCUGAUAAAAGCAGCAGCCCGGCUCUAAGAAGCUAACGCUAACUGUGACACCAAACUAACAGAUGAAGGUCGGAGUUGAGGUCAAAGGUCAAGCUGGGACUAGAGGGGACAGACGAAGCUUUGGUUGCUGCAGCAGCUACACUAACACUAUUCUCCCCUGGUCCAGUCCAGUAUCUCUACGCUGCCCCUGAUGUCUCUACUCUAACCCUGACGUUGCUACACUAACUCUGGUCUUCAGCACACUGACGUCUCCACGCUAACCCUGAUGUCCCCUGGUACAGGCCUGUGUCCCUGUGCUAGCCCCGACGUCUCCUGGUCCAGGCCAGUCUCCCAAUUCUGAUUUUUUUGGUGCUAAUGAUCUUUGUCUCACACUUUUCCUCAUGUCCUCACUUUUAAUUGACUUUGGCCUCUGCACUAACAAGGCUGGUCUGUUGAUGGCUCCGAUUAAGUUUUACAGCUGUAGACAGACAGGGAUUAUGGGAUGUUAAGAGUUGGAGUAAACACAGCCGACAUGUUUUAGUCUUAAAUCCACAUCAGCAACUCUAAUGAACUAUUCAGUGAUUUUGAUGUUUUGACUGGAACUUUUCCAGAGAGUCAACAAUCUUUUUCUACAUAUAGUAAAUAAUUCUGUUAUAUGAAUCUAAAAUCACAGUGUGAAGGGGGGGCAGGAGGAAGAUACUCUGCACCAACGACACUAAACAUUAAGUGAGUUUGAGUUGAGGCUUUUUUCACGGGACCAUGAUGUGAUGCAUUUCCAUCGUUUGGUUUGAUGACGACGAGGUUAAAUCAAGUGGACUAUAGAUUAGUGGCUUUGCUUUUAGCAUUUUAGUCUUUACAACAGAGCAAAGUUACAUUUGAUGAAUGACUUGAAAUGCCUGCAUGUCACUGCAGCUUUUUUCUAAAGACUUUCUGAAUGCGACUGAACUACACAUUAGUGAUAAGUGACCUGUGAGGGGCUUAAACAUUCAGGAAGACAGAAGUGAUCCAGCUUUUUUAAUGUGACACUGGACACGGAGCGUCUGGACAGUAAUAAACAUGUCAUUAGCAUCAUUCUUUUUCUUACCUGUUGUUCGUUGUGUCUCUAGAUCAGAGCUGCAACGAUCUGUCACUUAAUCUUUGUGAUGUCGUGCUAAAUGCGAUUGUUUCAGCAGCUUGGAGACGUUCUAAAUAUAAUCUACUAAUUUAUCUAGAUUCAUCAAUAUCAAUAACAAGUUUGCAUUGUUAAAGCUAAAUAACUCAGAUGUUUAAAUUCAAUGAGUCUAAAGAAGGAAUCCGUUCAUUGUCUCACUGAACAAUAACGAAGCGCCAGAUUCGUCCCCAGUCACAGCUUUUAGCCCGUCUGCUCCCAGAGGCUCGUCACAGAUGAACAGCACCAACAUCCAUCUUAGUUCCACUUACAAACCAGCAAUUGAAUCAUGCUGCUGAACGCAGUUUAGAUGUUGAGACAACCAGCAACGCUGAAGCAGAAGGAGCCACGGUUCGAAGCGUUGGACAGUGAAGGAGCGACAGGUUGUGUUUAACUGAACCUGAUCUGCAUCAACCAUGUGAUUCAUUCCCUCAAACCUUCAACCAGCACCGGCAGAACAUGAACUUUGAGGUUGGAGCAUUUUGAACCUGAACUUUUUGUUUCACAGCGUCAUUAAACAGUGUUAUGAAGUUUCUCCUCUAAAGACUCCAGUCAGAUUAAAGUGCAAUAUGGUUGUGGUUUAAUAGAGUUGGUGGAAGGAGGUCCAUCGCCCGAUCCACAGGGACAGGACAGUAACCGAAACCUCCACUCUUUUGGCUUCAUGUAUUUAAAUUUGCUUUCUGUUGUAUUUUAUACUUUCAUGUAAAUUCAUUUACAUUUUUUUAUUUUUUUCGUUCAAUUUCCAUGUACAGUGUUUUUCCAUAAUGCCUUACAGGUGAUGUAAAUAUGGUUUCAUAUAUCUGCCACUAGUUAAAUGUGUAAAUAAAUAUCUCAGCAUCUUG